AUGUUUACGCGGAUUUUCGGGAAGCCAAAGCAAGAGACUAAUGCUCUUGCUACGCUGGACAAGUUGAACGAGACUCUGGAGAUGCUUGAGAAAAAGGAGAAGGUUCUCUUAAAGAAGGCUGCUUCAGAAGUUGAAAGGGCCAAGGAGUUCACUAGAGCUAAAAAUAAAAGAGCCGCAAUACAAUGUUUAAAGGGGAAAAGGCUUUAUGAACAACAAAUUGAACAGCUUGGGAAUUUCCAGUUGCGUAUUCACGACCAGAUGAUAAUGCUUGAAGGGGCAAAAGCCACUACAGAAACUGUUGAUGCUUUGAGAACUGGAGCAGCUGCAAUGAAAGCUAUGCAGAAGGCAACUAAUAUUGAUGAUGUGGACAAGACAAUGGACGAAAUCAACGAACAGACUGAGAACAUGAAACAGAUUCAAGAAGCACUGUCCGCACCCAUUGGUGCUUCAGCUGAUUUCGACGAGGAUGAAUUGGAGGCGGAGCUUGAAGAGCUCGAAGGAGCUGAGCUGGAAGAACAACUUUUGCAACCUGCAACGACAGCUCCUGCUGCCCCUGUUCGGGUGCCUGCUGGAAGGCAAAUGUUAAAGAAAGUUGAGGACGAGGAUGAUGAGCUUGCGGAGUUGCAGAGGGAGAUGGCCCUUUAA